AUGGGCACCGGCCCGGUUUCUGAGGCGAAGGUCCCCUCCGAGGAAGUGGAAGGCCGGUAUGCGGGGAAGCGGGUGGCGGACUCCCUCUCCUCCAUGAUGGGCGUGCCUGUCUCCCCGGCCGGGCUCUGGGAGCGGCAGCCUCACACCCCCACAGACCACGGGGCAGCAUUUCUGCCACACCCCCGGCGCCCGCCCAAUCGUGCCCCACUGCCCGGUAGCCUGCGCAGCCUCUCCACGCCCUGCCCCGCUCACCUUGCGGUCGUUUACGCCCUCGCCCACAGCGAUCACCACGCCCGCGCCCUCCAUGCCGGGAGUGACGGGCAGCGGCGGGAGCCGAUCGUACAGCCCCUGCCGGGCCAUAAGUGGCAAAGCUGGAGCAGGGUGACCGAGCCAUCUAUCUUUGUUAAAGCUCUGUGCCUCAAUUGUUCCUUCCGUAAAAUGGAAAUGAUGUUGCUUGUUCCAGUUUUCCUUACAAGCAUCCACCAGAGGACGCAGCUUCCCCAAAACCUUCCACCCUGCGCUUGGCUGGAGAAACUCAGUCCAUGCUUUCCUGCUAGUCCGGGCCCACGGUUAAGUCACUGCAGCCCCAGACCCGACAGGCCGUUGCCAUGGAAACGGAAAGCCAUGACGUCACCAUUGUCCUGUUCAGAAAGUGGAUGGGUGCCCCUGCGCGUGUCCUCAGUAACACACCGACGUUCACGCGUGGGCACGCAGAAGGCCCAAGCCUCAUGCGUGUGCAGCUUCCACCCUACCUCUCAGAACUUUCCCCGAACUGCGCCCCAAUCCCAGGCGGGAGGAAGUGAAGUCAGUCAAACAACCCCGCUCAGCGGCCCCAAAUCUGCAGGGGACCUAUCACUCCGCGCGCCAGAACCCUGUUCCUGGGCCCCGGGCCCCGCCCCUCUCCUCUGGGCCCCGCCCCCCGGCAGCGAGGUUGGGAGGCGGGGCCGGGGGCGCGGCCGCCGGAUGCCGGUGUCGGCGGCCCGAGCGGCUGCAGCUGCAGCGGCGGGGGAGGCGGCAGCGGAGCGCGGGAGGGGGGCUGCGCGGGGGGCCGGCGCGUAG